GUCCGUACAUGUAUUUUGUAUACAGUCUAGUGUUGUUUACAUUACACUGCCAUUAUUUUGUGUGCAUCACACUAUAUGAUGCGCAAUAAAGAUGGUGUAUUAUUGCUGCAUACCGAGUUGUCGCAAUGAUUCGCGAAAUGAUCCCGACAAGAAACUAUCAUUUCAUCGUUUCCCUGUGGAAACGAGUUUGAAAGAUGAGUGGGUAGCUAAGAUUGUGCAGAAUACUGGACUCGACCUUGUGUUAAAAAAGCAUACACGAGUUUGUUCCAAGCAUUUUUUGAAAUGUGACUUCAUUAAAACUCUGAAUGGACUACACAAACUGAAACCAGACGUAAUACCAGCCAAGUUCCAACCAUCUGGAAGAGUCAAAUAUCAGCGACAAGAGCCUAUAAAGAAAGCCAGUGUUGAACAAUGUAUGAACAAUGGAUCAACUGCAAUUGUUGUGAAGACUGAGGACAAUGAGGCACUCCUGGAUCAACAAGUUAACAGCUACUCUGUCGAACCAGCUGACGACAGACUCCAAGAUGCUCAAAAUAACAUCCAAGUCCUUGAAAGAUAUUGUGUUCACCUGACCAAUCAGCUCUUCUGUUUGGAAAGGUUUUCUUAUGACCCUAGAGCAAUGGAAUUCUACACCGGAUUCUGUGACUAUGCCACAUUUAAAGCAGCUUUCUUGGCAUUACAACCAACAGGAAGUAUUUUCAGAUGGUGGCAAGUCCAGCGAUAUUGUAUUCAUGAAUUAUGUUCAAGUGGGGAGGCUGUGCCAGGAGAGUCACUUCCAUUCCUUAAUCAAUUCUUCAUGUUAAUGUGUCAUCUGAGACAAGGCUUCUGUGAGCAGGAUCUGGCCGUUAGAUUCAACAUAUCAUUAGAAACAGUCACUCGAAUCUUGUUGACAUGGAUUAACUACCUGUACAUUCCCCUAAGCUCAUUGCGCAUCUGGCCAACUCGGAAAUCUAUCAAUGAAAACAUGCCAGAGUGUCUGAAGAUGACAUUCCCAAGCACCAGAAUUAUUCUUACUACAACUAAAGUCAUGGUACAAGAGUUUGAUCCCAAAACACAACUAUGUGUCUGCUCAACCUACAAGGGACUGGUGGGCAUAAGUCCUUUUGGGGCCGUCACAUUUGUCAGUGACUUGUACUCCGGAUGCAUCUCAGAUAUAGACUUGAUGAAGUCAUCAGGUAUUCUUAAAUUGUUAUAUAAACAUGAUACAAUCAUGGCACCAGAUACAUUCUUAGAAGAAGAAACCACAGACUUCCUUCUCCAGGAGGCGAAAGUAGUUGUACCUCCAUUCUGGAAGAACAGACACAAAUUUAAAACAGUAGAGUCACCAGAAUCCAGAAAUAAUUCCCAGGUGAAGAGUUUUGUUGAGAGUGUGCUUCAGCAUGUCCAGGGCUACCAUAUAUUUGAUUCUGUUAUUCCAUUAAGCUUAGCAGAAUCUGCAAAUAAACUGUGGGUUGUUUGUUCAUUGCUUUCUAACUUCAAGCAUAGUCUGCACUCUCCACAAUCAUAGGUCUUAACUCUGAAGUCGGGUUCAGUCUUUUAUAAACCCCAUCCUAUUUUUAGUUUGCCUUAAUUUUGGAAUGCGAGAGAGCAAUGCAAAACAAGACAUUUUACUGGUUUUUGUUUUGUUUUCACUGUUAUUCAGAUGAGACACUAAUAUGAUUAGUCAAAGAAAUAACUGAUCCACACGCAAUCUCUACCAUUCUUAAAGACCAUGUAAAUUUUAUUGUAAUAGUAUUUGCAUGUUGGGGAAAUUAAUAUUAUUACUAGUUUUACCAAACACCACAGUGUAACAACUAAAAACUUGGUGCAUCCCCCACCCCAGUGCUGCAGUGUGUUCAGUUUACAUUAAUUCAAUGGUCAUCCUACUUGGGUGAGAUUCAAACCCAUGAUGAUCCCUGCAUUCAACAAAAUAUGUUAAUCUGAAAUAAAAGGCUUGUAAAGAAA